AUGACAUCUCUAAGUUCUCUUAUCUCCGAAGAAGACGAGUAUACUGAUGAAAAUUUUGAACAUCUUACACAAAAAGAGACCAAGAUGGUUCCGAACCCACAGUAUAUGACUCUACAACCCAAACUUAACUGGGGGAUGCGAACAACAGUAGUAGAGUGGUUGAUUGUGGUUUGGAACUACUUAAACUUCAACCAUCAGGUCUUAUACCUAACAGUUAAUAUCAUGGACCGCUUUUUGUCCUUGGAGCAGGUUGAGCCUAACCAACUGCCGCUCAUCGCAACAGCCUCACUGGUUUUAGCGGUCAAAUAUGAACAUCACUAUCCUCACCAUUCAACGCGGCAGAUCAUCGAAAUUAUUAACCUUGAGCCGACUCCAGCAGUACUUAGGGCCGAGUCAUAUAUCUUUCGACGAUUAGGCUAUGACCUUAACUGGCCAGGUCCGAGUAUCUUCCUACACAGGAUUAACAAAAUCAACAUUGAAGAUACAAAUUUAAUUGUCCUAGGUCAUUAUCUCCUCGAAAUAACGUUAAGAGACGAACGAUUUGUAAGCAGCUUACCCAGUUUUACUGCUACUGUGGCAUAUUGUCUUGCACGUGAGAUGUUAGGAGAAUGGUUAUGGACACCUCAACAUGUCCAAUCGUCGGGCUAUACCGGAGCGGAAUUAGAACCAUUUGUCCAAAUAUUACGAGAAACGUGCCAAAGCCCUUAUUCUGAAACCGUCAAGAGAUUCAGUCAAAGGCAUGCAGUAUUAUAUGCGAAAGUUGAAAAGAGAUUGCAAUGGCUAAAAGAAUUCAACUCUGAGGAAGGAGAAUUAUGA